UCCACACGAUCACGCUGAGUUAGUACCCGCGCCUGGAAUCGGGUCGCAACCUCAGCCGCGCCUGCCGCCUGCUACUGCCUCCGGACCAUGGACCCCCGCAAAGUGAGCGAGCUUCGGGCUUUCGUGAAAAUGUGUAAGCAGGAUCCGAGCGUUCUGCACACCGAGGAAAUGCGUUUCCUGCGGGAGUGGGUGGAGAGCAUGGGGGGUAAAAUACCACCUGCCACUCAUAAAACUAAAUCAGAAGACAGUAUCAAGGAAGAAAAACCAGAUAGUAAGAAGGCAGAGGAAAACAUAAAGACAGAUGAACCAUCAAGUGAGGAGAGUGAUCUAGAAAUUGACAAUGAAGGUGUGAUUGAACCAGAUACCGAUGCCCCUCAAGAAAUGGGAGAUGAAAAUGUAGAGAUAACCGAGGAAAUGAUGGAUCAGGCAAAUGAUAAAAAAGUGGCUGCCAUUGAUGCCCUAAAUGAUGGUGAACUACAGAAAGCCAUUGACUUGUUCACAGAUGCCAUCAAACUAAAUCCUCGCUUGGCCAUUCUGUAUGCCAAGAGAGCCAGUGUCUUCAUCAAAUUACAGAAGCCAAAUGCUGCCAUUCGAGACUGUGACAGAGCUAUUGAAAUAAAUCCUGAUUCAGCUCAGCCUUAUAAGUGGCGUGGGAAAGCACAUAGACUUCUGGGCCAUUGGGAAGAAGCAGCACAUGAUCUUGCCCUUGCUUGUAAACUGGAUUAUGAUGAAGAUGCUAGUGCAAUGCUGAAAGAAGUUCAACCGAGGGCCCAGAAAAUUGCUGAACAUCGGAGAAAAUAUGAGCGAAAACGUGAAGAGCGAGAGAUCAAAGAAAGAAUAGAAAGGGUUAAGAAGGCUCGGGAAGAACAUGAGAGAGCCCAGAGGGAGGAAGAUGCCAGACGACAAUCAGGAGCUCAGUAUGGCUCUUUCCCAGGUGGCUUUCCUGGGGGAAUGCCUGGUACUUUUCCUGGAGGAAUGCCUGGAAUGGCAGGGGGGAUGCCUGGAAUGGCGGGAAUGCCUGGGCUCAAUGAAAUUCUUAGUGAUCCGGAAGUUCUUGCCGCCAUGCAGGAUCCAGAAGUUAUGGUGGCCUUCCAGGAUGUGGCCCAGAACCCAGCGAAUAUGUCAAAAUAUCAGAGCAACCCAAAGGUUAUGAAUCUCAUCAGUAAAUUGUCAGCCAAAUUUGGAGGUCAAGCAUAAUGCCCUUAUGACAAAUAAAGCCCUUGCUGAAGGAAAAGCAACUUCGAUCACCUAAUGGAUGUCGCAAUAAUACAAACCAGUGUACCUCCGACCUUCUCAUGAAGAAAGCUGGGGUGCUGUGAAGAGAAUCCCUACCCCUCUGCUCCCCAUGCAACUGAAACAUUCUACAAUUGUUGCCAUUAGGGUAUUCAUUCAGAUAAUGUUUUCCUACUAGGAACUACAAACUUUAAACACUUUUUAAACCUUAAAAAUAUUUAAAAACAUAUUAAAAGGGUAUGUUAGUCCCUACAUUUUUCUUUACUAAUCAUUUCAGUUUUUUUCCUUUGGAUUAAUUGGGCAAGGAAGAUAUUUCAGUGUGGAAGAUUCAUUGCUCAAUUAUAACGAGUGAAAUAAAGGUUUAUUAGUGGGAGGCAAAUAAUACAUUAAAAUAGAUGAAGUUUGAGUUGGA